AUGUACGCGAAUAAGGCCCGUUUGUUCGCGAAAGGCCAUCCGGACGAUUGUUCUCGGGUGGAAGAAUUCAUUUCCUUUAUUGGGCGGCCCCCGCGCGACGCCAACAAAGGGAAGGCAUUCCGCGCGAUUCGUUUAUUGUGGCGAUCAAUCGGGCGGAAUGAAAUCGUGGUUCUGGCGGAACCCGAGAUCGAGACCAGUGCCACCGCGUCCAGUCAAUCCGCAGUUCAAACGGGCCCGGUGCUCGGUGGGGAUGGGCUCUCGGAAGGGGUAGACGGGCCGCGAGGCCGCUUCAGCCUGAGGGGGUCGAAGGCUACCACGCUGGCGGGGUACGGGCGGCACGCGGUGUACGCGGGCGGCGCGGGAGCGUACCACGCCCGCACCUCCGCCGUACCGCUCAACGCAACCUCUCAAAGAAAAUCGCGUUCCACCAAAUCUCAAUAUGGGAUCCGACGAAAGCUCGCCGUUUUAAAUUUCGCCGACGUAGUGUCAAAGCGAGACGAUUUCAUUGAAUGG